AUGUCGGAUACCGAAGAGAAAGCGUCUUCCUCAACAUCACCACCCUCUGCAUCUAAGCUCUCACCUCCGGCCACCUCGACUGUGAUGCCUGCUCCAGCAAGUGAGCCCCGUUCUCCCGAUACACCCCCUCCUACAAAGGAACCUUUUCCCUCGGUGCCGCCUAUUUCCACAAACCCACCCACGCCCGCAGGUCUUCCUACUUCCAAUGGAGUUUCCCACUCCAUCGGAGGUACGACCAAGGCCCAGGAAAGCCAGACCACCACAUCAACCCCCGCACGUCCGUUAUUAACUAUCGACCCCGAAUCAGCAGCCCUUAUCAGCCAACUUCUGCAUCAGGACUUCAAUGAAAUGAUGAGUACGACAAAGGGCAAGCAGCCGAGACUGGGCCCCAGUGAUAUUGAGGUCGCUCUUGAGGAGUGGGAUCAAGAGCUCGGGAACCAAGAGCAGCUCGAGAUCGAUAUCGCCAUGGCCAGAAGCCUUGAUCGAGCCGUUCGCGAUGACGGAGCAGCAAUCACGUUGUUCCAGCAAGAGGAAGCUAGAGCACGUGCCGAUCGCCAAUUGGCCCUGCGUCUUGCUCGGAUGGGUGGGAGGGUCCAAGAAACUGACUCGGUGCCUUUCGACGGAGAGAGGAUUUAUCAAAUGAACGCAGCACUCGCUGGUCCAAGUGCUACUGCUGGAUCGAGUACGGCUGCGGGGCCAAACUGCCCUACCGCGCGAAAGAGAGUUCGGUCUGAAAGCCCUGAUGCCUCCGAGGCAUCUAAGCGAGUGAAACCGUCUCAAGAUCCCCCGGACUGUGAAUCAAGUGAGGCAGGCAUCAACAAGCGCAAGAGAGGCGAGUCGCCUGAGCCAUCUUCUAUGGCUAAGCUGCAGCAUCUCUCGACUGCUCCACAGUGUGUGUGCGUCGCAUGUAAUGAUGCCAGCGACGAAAUUGAUAUCAUCCAAGCGCCAUGUGCGCACCACUACUGUGCGGUCUGCCUGGUUCAACUUGUUGAACAAUCUAUCAUCGACGAGUCGCUGUUUCCCCCGCGGUGCUGCCGCAUGACCCUCCCACUUUCAAUUAUCAGCGUGCUUAUCGGCCCGGAUCUGACGCGCAGAUAUGAAGAAAAAUGCAUCGAGCGUGCGGACCCGGAAAAGACGUAUUGCUCCAACAGGACGUGCUCCGCGUACAUCCUGCCAGAUCGCGUAUCUGGCUACGUCGGAACUUGCGGAAAGUGUCAAGCAAAGACUUGCACAAUCUGCAAGAGGGAGUCCCACAAGGGGCGAUGCCGAACGGCGGAUGAUGACCUUCUAGACGUUGCAGCUGAGCAAAACUGGCAACGCUGUCGGUGCGGUCAUGUCGUUGAAUUGAACACUGGCUGCAACCACAUUACCUGCCGUUGCGGGUACGAAUUCUGUUACGCCUGCGCCAAACGGUGGAAGACUUGCGAAUGCGCAACAUGGGACGAAACUCGACUCGUCGAGCGAGCAGAAGUGGUUGCUGCUCGGCAAGCCCCGCAGAACGCACAAGUGGCUCGGCCAGCGGCUGCAAAUCCACAAGCAGUCCAACGGGUUGUGAACAGAAUCCGCCAAGGCCAGAAUGUCCAGAUUGUAGACUGCGGGCGUGUGUUCGGUGCAGACGAAACCGUCUCUGAUCAGUCGCUCUCCGAUGUCCGCUCGGUCGAUAUGGAGGCUUUUGUGGUUGGGAUUUGA